CCCAACCUGCCGUGCUGGGAGCGGGCCGGAGCGCGGAGGCUGCGGGAUGCUGCGGGCGGGCGGCCGGGCUGCGCUGCGUGUCGGGCCCCGGGGCCGGGAGCCCGGGGCGGGCGGGCGGCGGCGCUGCUGCAGCUCCGGGCCGGACAGCCUGAAGCAGACGCCCCUCCAUGCCUUCCACCGGCAGCAGGGUGGCAGGAUGGUGAACUUCGCUGGCUGGAGCAUGCCCGUGCAGUACGCGCUGAGCCACCUGGAGUCCCACCUGCACACGCGCCAGCACUGCUCCCUCUUUGAUGUCUCCCACAUGCUGCAGACCAAGGUGUUUGGCCAGGACCGGGUGAAGUUCAUGGAGAGCCUGGUGGUUGGGGACAUCGCGGAGCUGAAGCCGGACCAGGGCACCCUGUCUCUCUUCACUAACGAGGAGGGAGGCAUCCUCGACGACCUGAUCGUGACCAGCACGUCAGAGCAGCACCUCUAUGUGGUGUCCAAUGCAGGCUGCAGGGAGAAGGACUGGGCCCUGAUGCAGGGCCGAGCAGAGGAGCUGCGGGCUGCGGGCGGCGAUGUGCACCUGGAGGUCUCUGAGAACGCGCUGCUGGCUCUGCAAGGUCCUUCAGCGGUACAGGUGCUGCAGACAGGCGUGUUGGACGACCUGGCCAAGCUGCCCUUCAUGAGUAGUGCGGUGAUGGGUGUGUUUGGGGUGCCAGGCUGUAGGGUGACGCGCUGCGGCUACACCGGAGAGGAUGGCGUGGAGAUCUCGGUGCCCGUGGGGCGCGCGGUGGAGCUGGUGGAGCUGCUGCUCAGGGAUCCACAAGUGCAGUUGGCAGGGCUGGCGGCCAGGGACAGCCUGCGCCUGGAGGCGGGACUCUGUCUCUAUGGCAACGACAUUGAUGAGACGACCACACCUGUGGAGGCAGCUCUGGUGUGGACACUGGGGAAGCGGCGCCGGGUGGCCAUGGAUUUCCCUGGUGCCCGGGUCAUUGUGCCCCAGAUCAAAGAGAAGGUUAAGCGCAAGCGCGUGGGGCUGAUUUCCACGGGCCCCCCCAUCCGGCCACACAUGCCCAUCCUGAGCCCGGAGGGCAGGCCCAUUGGUAGGUGGGGUGUGCAGAAGAGUGGCCCUUGGGGGGGGUGCUUGGGCUUGGCUACCCCUUCAUUAGCCCACUUGCACUGGCCUCCCUUCCCGUUGCUGUGCCACAGCCCAGGGGGCAGGACCCUGACACUGGCACGCUUGGCGUGGCCAUCUCCCUGUGUGACAAGCUCCAACCUGCAAAGCUCACAAACUGGGCCCCAUGUCAAGGAGGAUGGAACAGCUGCAUGUGUGGGGUCUGCCCACCUGGGCCCUAGCAGUGGUGGGGGGCUGGCUGGCACGGCUGUGCCCACGCUAACCCACCACUUGUGCUUGCUGUGCCCAGGCGAAGUGACCAGUGGCUGCCCCUCUCCCUGCCUGAAGAAGAACGUGGCCAUGGGCUAUGUGGAGGGCGAGCAGAGCCGGGUGGGCACGGUGCUGGCAGUGGAGGUGCGGAAGAAGAGCUGCCCUGCCCUGGUCACCAGGAUGCCCUUUGUGCCCACCCGCUACCACACGCUCAAGUGAGACGUCGCUGGCAGCCACGCCUCCCCUCCACCCCAACCAAUCAGCAUGCAGCUCUCUGCCCCACAUGAGAAGCCAUGUCCCCAAUCGGGACAGCCUGGCCCCACAGUCCCACCCAUCCAAGCAAGGCUGGGCCCCACUAGGGCCAGAGAGCCAAAGUCCAGCCAUGUGCUACCCAGUCACUGCCAAGGGCAUGGGCCAGGUGCCUUCCAGCCCCAUCUGAGGCCGAUGCCAAACCAGGCCAGUCUGUUAGUUUUCUGGGGCUGGGGGGGAGGGGGGAGCCUCUGAGCUGUGCCCCCAGUGUCCAGACAUGCUAUGGCCUGCUGCAUGUAAGCCAAAUGCUGCCAGGCAAUGGGCUAGCAAGGUGAGAGCCCCUCUGCUGCCCUAAGCCACCUGGGCAUCCCCCCAUUUUUGUAAUUGGGCUGUAAUUGUCCAUUAAAGACCCCCCCCCAACUCCA